AUGGUGUGUGUCGGAGUGUGCGUCCUGCUGUUUGUGUGUGUUCGGUACAGAGACCCGGUGCAGCAGAGUCUGCAGGUGCUGCAGCAGCUCAAGGAGACGCAGCGCAGCCUGCAGGAGGCGCUGCAGCAGGCGGAGUCUUUAGGGCAGCGGCAGGAGAAGACGGAGGAGAUUCAGCAGAAUGUGAAGAAAACGGAGAGAAGAAGAAGUACAAGAGUGUCGACACCAAGGUGGCGAAAAGAGGAGCUAAGAAUAAAAGAAGAGGAGAAGGAGGAGGAAGAGGAGUGCAGCACACUGGUGUCUCCGACCACAGACAGUUUAGACCUGUCUCACCUCUCACACACGGGUUGGAGCACCGACAGUAUGCUCAGCAGUACACUCGUCGCCUCAGCAGCCGACACCACGCUGUACGCUACCCACAAUGCCUUAGUGCAGAGGCCCACUACCCACAGUGUCUCAGUGCAGAGGCCCACGACCCACAGUGCCUCAGUGCAGAGGCCCACGACCCACAAUGCCUCAGUGAGUCCAGGCAGACGUCCUCGCCGCUCCUCCUCCUCUUCGUCUCCUCUGGUCUACAGCAUCCUGGUGGAGGACGGACAGCGUCGUUACAGCCUGCGCAACAGAAGAUCAGAGACUCACUGA